AUGUCUACGCCAUCGACGGAUACGUUGUACUCGCAGUCGCCUCACUCCCCGAUCGACAAACGCGAAGCACGCCGCAAGCUCAAAGCACAGCAUCGCGCCGGACAGUACCUCGAUCCGACGUACGUGACCUGCCUCGUACUACUGCUUGCGCUUCUGUACUGGGUCCUGCCAAUUCCCGGAAUCUUCGAGCUUCUCUACCGACGACGACACUCGGCUUGCAGCUGCGAUCACACCGCUGCCGUGACUCAGAAACCGACCAUGCCUUGGCAAAAGCAGUUUACGCUCAGCUCGCGGAGCAAGGGCUGCCAUCUGGUGACCAACGAGAUCAUGCCCCACAUCGAGGAAGGACUCAAAGGGGUCAAGGUUGGCAUGCUCACGCUCUUCAUUCAGCACACCUCUGCUGCACUCAGCCUCAACGAGAACUUUGACAGAGAUGUCAGGACCGACAUGGACAUGGCAUUGGACCACAUUGUCCCAGAGUCACUUCCCUGGAAGCACACCGACGAGGGUCCUGAUGACUCGGCCUCUCACACCAAGGCCAGCCUGAUCGGACCAAGUAUCACAUUGCCGAUUACAGACGGACGUCUCAAUUUGGGGACCUGGCAAGGCCUGUAUCUGUGUGAGAUGCGCCGUAUCGCUCAUCGACGCAAGAUUGUCGCCACCAUUCUUCCCUAG